AUGAACCACCAGUACACACGCCGCGAGGUCUUCUGCGGGAAUACCUGCCACGACCUCACGCGCUUCUGGGAGCGGGAGAUCAGCAAGCAGAUGCACCGCCGCCAGUCGGAGGAGAGCCGCCUGGGCCGGAGUGCCCUGAGGAAGCUUCGAGAAGAAUGGAGGCAGAAGCUGGAAUCCAAGCUGAGGCUGCGGAACCCAGACGAGGCCGAGAAGCGACAGAACCCCAGCUGAACCACAGCCUCUGCUCCCCUGCCCCCCGGGGUCCCCACGAUCGGGUCCCCAUGGAUCCCGGAGGGGACUGCCCUGUCCACCCCGCCGAGCCCCGCGGGUGGACCCCAUGCCCCGCAGCAGCUUCUUGCUCACGU